AUGGAUCAAGCAAAUUUGUUUUGGACUGGGGGGACAACCGGGGGAAGAGCUGCAGAGGGAGCAGAGACCGUGAGAGAGUCAGAGGCCAGUAAAGGACCUGCAGCUGGACGGAACCACGACGAAACCAUGAUCUGCUCCCAGCUCUGUCCUGACACCCUCUGGGUCCCACUGCUCAGCCUCCUGCUCCUCUGCACCCCUGCUGCACACACAGCUAAAUGUCCACAGCAGUGCAUGUGUGACCAGAUCCAGCUCACUGUGACCUGCGUCAACAAGAACCUGACCCAAGUUCCUCCGACUGUUGACGAGAUCACGGUGAAAUUAGAUCUUCGAGGCAACGACAUCCAGGAACUUCCCACCGGGGCUUUCAAACACACGCCCUACCUGACUCACCUGUCGCUGCAGCGCUGUAACAUCCGCAGGGUGAAGGAGGGUGCUUUCCGAGGCCUCGGCCGCCUGGUCUUCCUCAACCUGGCCAACAACAACAUUGAGAUACUCUAUCAGGAGUCGUUUGACGGUCUGUCCUCACUGAAGCAGCUUAUGAUUGACCGUAACCGCGUGGAGGAGAUUCAGCCUGGAGCUUUCUCUCAGCUGGGCUUCCUCAACCUGCUCUCCAUCACACACAAUCAGCUGGUCUACAUCCCCAACCUGGCCUUCCAGGGCUUACAGAACAUCAAAUGGCUCCGUCUCAGCCACAACUCUCUAAACUACCUGGACACCGAGGCCUUCGCUGGUCUGUUCACACUCACCCGUCUCAGCCUGGACCACAACGAGCUGCAGUUCUUUCCCACUGAGACCAUGACCAGACUGCCAGAGGUAACCCGCCUGGAGCUGAGCUAUAACCCCAUGACUUACCUUGGGGAAGAGGUGGUGUCCAUGGCCAAGCUCACCCACCUGUUCCUGGACCACAUGUCCCUGCAGGACAUGGCCAACACAGCUGUUUUGAAAUCCCCCAGCCUCAAACACCUAGACAUCAGCUACAACCAGCUGCGGGUCAUCCAGCCCUUCUCUGAGGGUUCACCAAAGCUGGCACGCCUCAACCUGGCUGGGAACCCCAUCUACUGCAACUGCUACCUGCGUCCACUCAGGGAGUGGGCAAUUCGUAACAAGGUGAAGCUAAUGGGGACAUGUGGAGGACCAGCUCAUCUCUCUGGAGAAAACCUGGAAGCCGUCCACCCUCCGGAGCUGCGCUGCCAGAGCCAGGAGGCCAUGCUGAAGGCAGAGUUCGAGGAGGCAACCAGGAUCACACCCCCACCCACUGAGGAGCCAGAGAACAAAGUCAAGUGUCCUGCCAACUGUGUCUGCGAGGCUGAGACACACCACUCGUCAUGCGAAAACCGCAGUCACACCAAAGUUCCUCGUGGUUUCUCUCCCACCACACGCCUCCUCGACCUGCGCGGCAACCACUUCCACUACAUCCCUAGCAACAGCUUCCCCGGCGUCCCCCAGGUUGUGUCCUUGCACCUGCAGCGCUGCAAGAUUGUGGAGGUGGAAAGCGGGGCUUUCAGCGGGAUGAAGGGACUGAUCUACCUGUACCUGUCAGAGAAUGACCUCACUUCCCUCAGCCCUGAUGCCUUUAAAGGUCUCCCUCAACUGACUUACCUCCACCUGGAGAAAAACCGCUUCACCAGCUUCCCCAAAGGAGCCUUCAAACUGGUGCCCAGCCUGCUGGCACUUCACUUGGAGAACAACUCCAUCACCAAGCUGGAGCCAGGCAUCUUGAGCCGGGCAGAGGGUCUCAGAGCUCUCUACCUCACCGGGAACAGCAUCAAUCACGUGUCACCCAGGGCUCUGGACCACGCCAGUGACCUUGAUACACUUCACCUGGGAGGAAACAAGCUGAAAGAGGUGCCCACCGAAGCGCUGAGCAAGGCGGGGAACCUAAGGGACCUGAGGCUGUCUGGGAAUUCAAUUCGCUGGGUGGGGCCAAAUGCUUUUCAACCACUGGAGAGAUCACUGAAGGAGCUGUAUCUGGAUAACGUGGGACUGGAGAAGAUGUCACAGAACUCCCUGGCAGGCCUGGGUCCAGGGUUGAGAAGUCUCUUCCUGGAGGGCAACCAGCUGGAGGAGGUGCCUGACCUCCACCCUCUCACUUCUUUGGAGGUCAUCAACCUGGCUGAAAAUCCUCUGAUGUGUGACUGCCCCCUGCUGCCACUACGCUUGUGGAUUGAGAAAGUCAACCUGAAGGUACGAGCCACCUGCGCUAACCCCCCUGAGCUGAAGGGUCGCAGGGUCAAGGACGUCCACGUCUUCAAAGCCUGCCCCGGAGGAGAGAGCCUCCCCUCCAUUCCUACGCCAACCUCAAGAUCCGCUAAGGCACCAAAGGCAACCAAACCCAAACCAAUGCAUCUCAACGGCCUCAGGCAUGACAAAAUGCUCAAAGCCAAAUCCAAACUUCGCAAGAGUCCAAACACCAAACAGGCAGCAGCCAAGAAAGCCAAGAGACGCAGCAUGGCUUGA